AAUUUUACGCUGGCCUUACACCGGAAACACAAUUUGUCGUGCGUGCCGUUCAGGAAAACAUGAUAUGAUAUAGAGGUCGUAUUAAGCCAAUUUUUUAGAUCGCAUCUUGAAGACCAGAGGAGAUUGUAUUUCUCCGAGCACUGGAGUAUUCAAAUAAGUAAACAUUGAAUCGUGGCGAGUUAAAAAGGUUUCCUUAUCGUCUGUUCGACUUUAAGUUUGUGUGUUAUAAGGAGCACAACAUUCGAUGAUUUUGGUUUAUUUAUCAGCAACAUAUCUACGCACAAAACUGCUUCAAGGACCUCAAGAUAUUUGUUGUCAUACCUGACAAAAGAACUUCACACCACGAGAAGAUUAACUGCUCUUACAAAGCUUAAAGGCUUCAAUGUUGCUUGUUAAAGAGUCUUUCGUGCUUCCUCGAUUCAUCCUAUCACUCGCUUUAUUCACCUUUGUAUACACCACGAAUACUUAUGAACCAGAUAAUUCUCAUGAGUUCGGUGCUCUCUCCAGCCCGACUCCGACAAAGGAGGGCCCUUCAGCAUCACAAGUGGCGAGAACUGAGGGCGACGUUUUCCUGGGAGGACUUUUCCCAGUUCACGCCAAAGGCAACGGAUCAUCUUUGUGCGGCGAACUAAAUGAACAGGUCGGAAUUCACCGUGUGGAGGCCAUGUUGUAUGCAAUGGAUCAGGUGAACAAAAACAGCACUCUUCUCCCAAACAUAACCCUGGGCAUGGAAAUUCGCGACGACUGUGGAACAGUAAACACUGCUUUGGAACAGUGCCUGAACUUUGUGCUUGGUACACUGACCAAUAGGGAAGAAAUAUGCAGUUCCCUGGUAGGGACCCCUGAGGUGAAGAAAAAAGCUGCUUUGGUGGGGGUGGUGGGGCCAUCGUACAGCAUUACUACAGUACAGGUGGCCAGCCUCCUUCGUCUGUUUGAAGUCCCGCAAGUCAGCUAUGCUGCAACAAGCGCUGAGUUGAGCGACAAGGACAGGUUUGAAUACUUCGUGCGAACUGUCCCCCCGGACUCAUAUCAAGCGCGAGCCAUGAUAGACAUCAUUACAUUCAUGAACUGGUCAGCGGUCUUCGCGGUUCAUUCGCGCGGCAGCUAUGGUGAACAGGGAAUGGAGAUCUUGGAAAAGUUCUCGGUUAUGAGCAACGUUUGUAUUGCUGACCAUCGGCAAUUAGAACCAGAUUUUACUGAGGAGGAAUAUGACCAGAUCAUAGAACGAUUUCUUACAGAGAAGGAUAUUCGCGUUGUUGUGAUGUUUUGCAAUGCUGAAGAUCUUCGUUCAAUGCUCCAAGCCGCUAAAAGAGCGCAGAAUCGAGGCGAGAAGAAGCGGUUUAUCUGGCUUGCAAGUGAUUUUUGGGGGACAAGACUUCGUCAUGUUGAAGGUUUGGAAGAUGUCGCUGAUGGCGCCAUUACCAUCGAAUUUCAAACGUUUGACACGCAAUUAAAGCCAUUUUACAAUUAUUUUUCGAAGCUGAAUCCACUGAACAACUCAAGAAACCCUUGGUUUAAAGAAUACUGGGAGAAGCGUUUCAAUUGCAAAUUUGGAAAAGGCCCGUUGUCAGGAAAUCCUCGUUGUCUUUUCCCAGAGAAUCGUUUUUCAGUUCUGGACAGAUUCGAUGCUAAAGUUCCUUUUGUCAUCGAUGCGGUGUUUUCAUUUGCGCACGCGCUUCAUGCUAUGCACCGAAACAUCUGCGGCCCAGUACCAGGCCUCUGCUCGGCCAUGAAGAAAUUGGAUCGCUCUGUGCUAUUGUGGUAUUUGCGGAACGUGUCUUUUAAUGGCACAACUGGGCUGGUGAAAUUCGAUGCCAACGGCGACAGUGCUGGAAAGUACGACUUCUACGCAUUUAGAAACUCUUACAGUGCUUUCUAUACGAAACUGGGAAGCUGGGUCGAGGGAAAAUUGACGAUGGACUCUCACGCACUUUACAGAGCAAAUAACUACCUUGAAUCACAUUGUGGAAAGCCUUGUGGACCCCACGCUAUAAGGCGCAUACGCGAUACGGUCUGCUGCUGGACAUGCGAAGACUGUGACGCAGACUCUUUCGUUGAAAAUGACUUCACGUGCAAGACUUGUGACAAGGGAACUAGGCCAAAUGCUACGUUCGACGGCUGCGAACCUUUACAUGAAGUAUAUCUCAACAAAGUGUGGAUCGGUGUAGUUGGCGUAUUUGCGUCUCUAGGAAUUCUUGCCACUGUCACUGUUUGUGUUGUGUUUCUUAAAUUCGCUCAAACACCGCUUAUAAAAGCUUCAGGACACGAAUUAUCCAUUGUCCUUCUUGCUGGAAUACUACUCUGCUACAGUUUUGCGUUCGUGAUGGUUUCGAAUCCAGGCAAAGUUGUCUGCGCGAUUCAAAGAUUUGGAAUUGGUUUGUGUUUCUGUGUGUGUUAUUCUUCCUUAUUAGUACGCACGAAUAGAAUUGCUCGCAUUUUCAGCGGGAUAAAAUCACCUUCUUUCAUUAGCCCAAAGUCUCAACUUCUCAUAACUGCCGUUAUAAUUGCUCCGGAGCUCGCCAUGGCCAUCACAGAGCUCUUGAUUCGACCGCCGAAGGCCAUUGCAUCAUACGAGCAAAAAGACUUUGUACUUAUCAAAUGUAACAUAAGUACUGUUGGAAUGGUAAGCUUGUUCGGCUACAAUGCCGUCCUUAUAAUAUUUUGCACAUAUUACGCGUUCAGAACUCGUAAAACCCCGUUGAAUUUUAACGAGGCUAAAUUUAUUGGUUUCUGCAUGUACACAACAUGCGUAAUAUGGAUCGCUUUCGUUCCGGUGUAUUAUGGAAUAGGAGGAGGAUUCCAAGCCAUUGCGCUGGCUUUCAGCUCUGUUAUCAGCGCUACAACAAUCUUAAUCUUUAUCUUCUUGCCAAAAGUCUACAUUGUGUUAUUCAAACCCGAGAAGAAUAUCAGGAGCAAUUCCAGACUGCGCUCAAGAUCAAAGUCUUUUGACUUAAAUGUACCGGAGGCAGACAUUGUUUUCAAUGGUCAGUCUUUCCGCAAGUUUAACGGCAGCGCCCCCUCGACGCCAAGUUUAAUCACGAACAAAACGAUCAAGAACGGAAGAACACAGCAUCUGAGUCAACCUCAGGUACCCAGUUUCACAGCAAUUUGACCUCUGAAACUUGGUACUGUUUCCAAGGACGCUUGAAAAUAGCAUGAAAAUGUCCUUCAUUUCCAGAGACAGAACCAUUCUCGAUAGAGAUUGGAUGAUAGUGAGCCAAUCAGAAAGCAGAGCAAAAAAAGCGGGAAGAUGAUCUUUGCUGAAAAGGUGUCGGUACGCAUGCCACCCAUAAAAUGUUGUAGGUGAAACGCGUGCGAAAACAUGUAGCAGGCGGAUAGGAAGAGUAAUAUGGAUCCGGUGAAAAGCGCGGGAAAACAAGUCGCGGGUGGAAAGAGCGAGGGAACAUGGCGCAAUUGAAAAGUGCAGAAAACAUGUUGCAGUUGGAAAAGGAAGCUGAGCAGACUGAAAUAAAAGGCGCAGGAAUGCAGAAGACAAAAGUCAAAGUUUAUGGGAAAUAAAAAUCAUCUAACCGAUGCUAACGGCGAAAACUUAUGCGUGCACUAUGAUACAGAAACCGAUGGUCCCGAAAGAAGAAAGGAGUCUCAACUGUUAUAACUGAUAUCGUAUUUUCUAAAGCAUCUUUUGCAAAUGGCGGUUAUGCCAGCAAAGGCAAUUUGCUCACCUGAUUCGGUUGUAAAAUAAUAAUUUCAAAUUUGUUGUGGGUUCAUCUCGAGAUGUGUCAGAUAAAUAUAUCAAGAUUGUCAAUUAGUGUAAUUGUACAGAACACUUCUAAAAUGUUGGCUAAUUUGGUGGAGAAAAAAAACCAGUAGGGUUCCCACGGAAUAGUAUAUCUUUCAAAUUGAAAUUUACCUUUUCUGUAAUUUUUUCCUCAUCAUAAUUUUCGAUGAUAAAAAUAAUCUUCGACAUGCGGAUGAUAAUCAAUUUUGUUUCGUUUACAAACAAACACUGAAACAAACAAAACAGUAUGAUCAGUUUCCUCUUCGUGAAAGAAGAACCCUCUAAACUGCGCCACUUUCGUCACGAAUGGCUUCGUUCUCCGUCUAUAGUAGCGGUACAAACUAGUACUUGGGAGGCAUGAGUUCGAAUGUCGUCGAAAACUGAAUUUUUUUCAGACUUCUUCUCUGUAAUUGCUUCAAUUGCAGCUCGCUUGCGAGAAUCAUUGUGGUUUACUUAAGUUUUUUUUCCAAUUCGCUCGGGAAAUUCUGGUGAGAGGUUUACCUCCUCGGAGGUGAAGAAACGCAAACUUAAAAUAUAUAAUUCAGAUUUUGGCCCAUGCUUUGAAAUAAUCUUUUGGUAUCAGAAAAGAUUAUGGUUGUUGUAACACGAGAAUUAAGUAAUUAAAAACAAGCAAUUCCUUAAA